GGCAGGUGUGAGCCGCACAUCCCGAGCAGGCAGCGGGACACGCGGACGGACGGCGCCCUAACCGUACUCCAUUGGGCCCCCGCGCGCUUACCCUUCCGGCCGAGCGUCCUCCAGUCCCGUUCGUCCCUCGUUCCACCCGCGGUGUGGUCCGCAUCCCAUCGCCCGUCAGCGCCCCGCCCGCCCGGAGCUUGAAGCCCCAUAGGAGCCUCCAGAGAAAUCUUGGCUGAGACCCCAGAUUCUCAGUGAGAAGAGAGCUCCUUGAGAAAGUUGAGUCCACAGGGUCUAUUUCAGCACACACACAGAGCACAAUGGGGUGCAAAGUCCUGCUUGGCUUCGGUCACCAGAUGCUGCGACGGAAAGUGGUGGACUGCAGUCGGGAAGAGAGCCAGCUGUCCCGCUGCCUGAACACCUUCGACCUGGUGGCCCUGGGUGUGGGCAGCACACUGGGCGCUGGUGUGUAUGUCCUGGCUGGUGCAGUGGCCCGGGAGGAUGCUGGCCCUGCCAUUGUCUUCUCCUUUCUGAUUGCUGCCUUGGCCUCUGUGCUGGCUGGCCUGUGCUAUGGCGAGUUUGGCGCUCGAGUCCCCAAGACAGGCUCAGCCUACCUCUACAGCUAUGUGACCGUGGGGGAGCUCUGGGCCUUCAUCACUGGCUGGAACUUGAUCCUCUCCUAUGUCAUCGGUACGUCAAGUGUGGCAAGAGCCUGGAGUGCGACCUUUGAUGAGCUCAUAGGUAAAAGCAUUGGGGAGUUCUCCAGAAAGCACAUGGCCCUCAAUGUUCCUGGCGUGCUCGCUAAAAACCCCGACAUAUUUGCUGUGAUUAUAAUUCUCCUCUUAACAGGAGUUUUAACUUUUGGUGUGAAAGAGUCAGCCAUGGUCAACAAAAUAUUCACCUGUAUCAACGUUCUGGUCCUGGGCUUCAUAAUGGUGUCCGGAUUUGUGAAAGGAUGCAUUAAAAACUGGCAACUCACCAAGGACAAUUACUUGAAUAUAACAGGCUGUGAGGUCACCCAGGAGCAUUUCUUGAAUAUAUCUCGCUGUCAGAGCAAUGAUACCAGCGCACUAGGUAAUGGAGGAUUCAUGCCCUUUGGAAUUUCUGGCAUUCUAUCAGGAGCCGCGACCUGUUUCUAUGCCUUCGUAGGAUUUGACUGCAUCGCCACCACAGGUGAAGAAGUCAAGAACCCUCAGAAGGCGAUCCCCGUGGGCAUUGUGGCAUCCCUCCUGAUUUGCUUCAUUGCCUAUUUUGGGGUCUCGGCCGCCCUCACGCUCAUGAUGCCCUAUUUCUGCCUGGAUCCAGACAGCCCAUUGCCUGCUGCCUUCGAGUACAUUCACUGGGAAGCCGCUAAGUACGCAGUGGCUGUGGGCUCCCUCUGUGCACUGUCUGCCAGUCUUCUAGGCUCCAUGUUUCCCAUGCCCCGAGUUAUCUAUGCCAUGGCUGAAGAUGGACUGCUAUUUAAAUCUCUGUCCAAAAUCAAUAGUAGGACCAAAACACCAAUAAUUGCAACAGUUACCUCAGGUGUCAUUGCUGGUAAAUAUCAGCCAGAGCAGCCUAAUCCAGUAUACCAGAUGGCCAAAACUACAGAUGAACUUGAUCAGAUAGACCAGAAUGAGCUGGUGAGCACCAGUGACUCCCAGACAGGCUUUUUACCAGAAGUGGAAAGGUUUUCUCUGAAAGCUAUAUUCUUCCCCAAAAACAAGGAGCCUUCCAAAUUCUCUGGACUAGUCGUGAACAUUUCAGCCAGUCUCAUGGCCAUUCUUAUUGUCAUCUUAUGCAUUGUGACUGUACUUGGGAGAGAGGCACUGGCCAGUGGCAAACUGUGGGCCAUCUUAGUGGUCACAGGAUUCAUCCUCCUCUGCAUCAUAGUCACCGGUGUCAUCUGGAGGCAGCCUGAAAGCAAGACCAAGCUCUCAUUUAAGGUGCCCUUCCUGCCUGUGCUCCCCAUUCUCAGCAUCUUCAUAAAUGUCUAUCUCAUGAUGCAGCUGGACCAACGCACAUGGAUCCAAUUUGCAGUGUGGAUGCUCAUAGGCUUCACCAUCUACUUUGGCUAUGGGUUUUGGCACAGCGAGGAAGCAACCCUGGCUGCUGAUCAAGCAAAGACUCCUGACAACAACUUGAACGAGUGCAAGUGAUGUAUAGCCCUGCCUGCCCACGAGAGGUCACAGGAGCUGCAGGAUUGGCUGCAGAGGACUAGGAAGCAUCUCACACUCUACUUACGUGGCAGGAACUACUCGUAUCCCCAAAUGUUGCCAAAGGUGCAAUUAAUUGAACUGCAGCCUCCACCAUAGCUUACGUGGCCUGGCCAGACUUGGCCCCGCAGCCAGCUCAUGAGGCUCAGGUCGCCUCUGGACAGCUUCCUGGCCAACUUGGCUAUGCCUGGCCUCUGUCUCCUCAUUCCCUCUGAACACAAUGCAGCCCACCUUGGCCAGCUGGGUGCCUUGUUGCUGCAGCCCCAGGCAGAUGGAGACCAUUCCUUUCUCCCUGAGAAACAAGACUCCCUCCUUGCUGCCUUCCUGUUGCAAAUCUGCACACUCCAGACCCUCACACAGCUCCUCCCCCAGUGGUGACAGUCCACAGAUUCAAGAUGAAUACCAACAAGCAGCAUAUCCUAGCCUGGUCCACCCCAGAGCCAUGGCACCACAGUUCACCUGAAGAAGAGGGACAGGCCGUUUUGCCACUCCUGCUCUCUGAGCUGCUUUCUAAUGGGAUUAUCAGGACUAAGCCUCUCUCCCACACCCCCUCUGAGUGUGACUUUGCUCUCACAUGCCUUGAAAUGGGCACUGGCCCGUGCAAAGCAGGAUCAAGGGCCAGUGUUUCAUCCCAGGCCCCUCGUGGGAGUGCAGCAUGAAGUUGGGGCAGGGCUGGCUCUGCUGGCAUUUGUGUGCACAUAAACCAAGGGACAGUCUCCAGGCCUCAAACCGUUCCUGCUGCUUCUGCCCUGUGUCCCUUUGGGCUCUGUGUGUCCUGAGUAACUGGAACAUGAGACUUAUUUGUGUUAGACAACCUCACGCUGGCAGAGUUCAGAACUCUGUUUCUGUGAGCCUUUACCAUUCACUGUCUUACCCCUGAUUCUCGUGCGUCAGUCUCUUGGGUCUUACAAGGUUCCCAAGACAGGUGCAAGCACAGUCUGGGGCUACGAUGAUGCUAAGUGGACAGUGUCUCCUUUGAAAUGAAAUUGAACCCUCCUGUUAGCUGCUAUGAAUCACUCCACCAGAUUAACUUUGGGACUUAUUAUCAGCUUGGAAAAUGGCCAAAUAAUUUCUGACCUCAUACCACGAGCUUGUGAUUCAGGGUGUGUGGUCUGCACAAGAGAUGUCCUGUAGUCCUCUUGCUGUCGCUUAGUCUUAAAUCAGCCAAGGCAAGAUGCUAACCAUGGCCUGGGCCUCAUUCCUCCAUUAGUCCUAGAGCCCAGGGUGUCCCUCUAGGACUUCCUGUGUCCUACACUCUUCCUGGACCACCAGGGAGAGUGUAGGACUGCAUUUUGGGGAUGGGCCUAUGGCCAGCACCAAGACAGGACAAGAGUGCCGAUGGACCUCACUAACAUUUAAAAUGUCAGUUUGGCCAGCAGGUUCCAAGAUGAGUGUGUAGGCAGUUAGUUGUUUAGACAGCUCUAGUACGCAAAUGAUGCUUUUGAAACCUACUCCCCCAUUUCUUCCCCAACUAGAUCAAAGCCUGAUAAACUGAUGACAAUUUGUCUGCUCUCCCCCCAGCCUCCCCAAGCUCCAGGAGCACCUUGAACAGCAAUGUAAGAAUUAGUGAACUUGGGAGCUAGGGUGUGACUCAGUUGUAGAGCAUUUGCCUAGCAUGGGUUUCAAACCCAGCACCACCAAAAAAGAAAAAAAAAUGAACCAUAUGAAAGGCUGGUUUAGGUUAACCAGUGGCCAAGGACAAGGCAGUCAUGCCAGACCCUAAGCACCUCUGGGUGCUCUUUAUUCUAAAGAUCCCAGAGGAUAUUCCAGAGGGAGUAGCAUCUGAUCCCCCCCAAAAAAAAACAAACAAAAAACGUGGGUUUCCAAAGAAAGGUAUUUAAAUGUAUGUAGAUUGGUGCUGUAAACUAUUUUGAUGAAUACUAACUUAUUUUGUUUGGGGUUUUGGUUGUCUGUUGUCUUCUUGGAACCUAUUCUCCGUUUGCUAGAUUUCUUUUCACUAAUUUUAACUUAGGAGAAGAGAACUUGAGGGGGAUUGAGGUGGGGGAUUUUUUUUUAACUUUCUCUCCCUUUUUUUUCUGGCUGAAAUUAUCCUAUUCAAGAUGACACGGAACCAUCUGUUUACAGUUGAUAUUUCAGCUCACAGUCUGCAUCAGUCUGCGAGAGGACAGGUGGGUUGGAACUCGACCCUGCACAUCAAGGAUCGUUGACAACUGAAAUCAGGCCUAGGCAGCCU